CGCCAUGAUCAAGGUUAUAUUUUUCCAUUGGCGUUAUUUUGGACGUGAGCUCAUCUCUGGUGAACGCAAGCGUCCUGCGUCUGUGUAUCGCCACGUGAAACGCUUAUUUACAAUGGUAGACUAUACAUACAUAUGUAUAUCUAUGGUAGAAUUGACGGAAGUAGUAUUAGAGUACAACUUAUCUCAUUGACUGAAGAUUCGUAUUGUGCGAAUAAGGACAUCCAAGAACCAGUACGUUUAUUGAUGGGAAUAUAAAAAUGCCAACGAAAUUGAAAAUGGGUAUUUUCAUAGUAACGGUCAUCGGCUUUUUAUUCAUUACUUGCCAGCUUUGGCUCAUGCAUAUACCCCAUGGUCGUAAAUUGCGGCAUGAAGACAUCAAAAUUCCAGUGAUAUUGUGGUGGACGCCUUUCGUAAGCAGCAUAGGUCGUUUGGAAACCUGCGGAUCAGCCGAGUGUUGGUUUACACAGGAUCGCACUUUUUGGUCGCACAAUCAUCUCAAGAGCAUCCUAUUCUAUGGCAGUAGUAUUCAAAUUGACGACCUACCCAUGCCACGUCAGAAUAGCAUUGACUGGGGCCUAAUUCAUGAAGAGUCACCGAGAAAUGCUCCAAUCUUCACGUCAGAAUAUGCUCUGGCAUUAUUCAAUCACUCUGCAACUUUUAGCCGAUAUAGUGACGUGCCAUUGACGCUCAUUGACUUAGACGGUGAAGAGGAAUUAUUAGGGACAACUUAUUUCAUGUCAUUUGAGGAGAAGGAUAGACUGAUGAGGGAAUCCAACCUGGCUCCAUUACUCUAUAUUCAAUCUGAUUGUGAUACUGCGAGUGAAAGGGAUUCAUAUGUUCAGGAAUUGAUGAAAUAUAUUUCUAUCGACUCCUAUGGUAUGUGUUUGAAUAAUAAACGUCUCCCCAAAAGGUUGACAGUUGAUCACUUGGAGUCACUGAAAGACAGAGAAUUCUUGUCAUUGACUGCUCAAUACAAAUUUACUAUUGCGUUCGAAAAUGCUGUCUGCAAUGACUAUAUAACGGAAAAGUUAUGGAGACCACUUAUCGUAGGCUCGGUACCAGUCUAUUACGGAUCGCCUUCAUUCAAGGAUUGGCUGCCAAACGAGGGCUCUGCAAUUUCCAUAGCAGAUUUUGCCGAGCCUAAGGAACUAGCAAACUACUUACUUGCUCUGGCAGAUGACGUUUCACGAUACCAGAAAUUUAUAGCUCAUAAGUUAUCCGCAGAUCCUACUAAACGGAUAACGAAUAUUCGUCUUUUGAACAAUUUGAGAAAUCGCAGUAAAAACGUUAUGAAUGAAUUCGGGACCUAUGUUCAGACAUUCGAAUGUCUAGUUUGCCAGAGGGUACACGCGAAAACAAGAAAACGCGAUACUUAUAUCGUAGCACAGAAGCAUUAUGAUUGCCCUAUGCCGCUAAGUCCACUCACUCAUAAAAUAAAUAAAAAUAAUGGGUGGGUGCGUGAGUGGGCUGUUGGCAAAUGCAAAGCUAAAUUACUAUCAAAGCAAGUGUGGAAUAAAACAAGAAUCGAUCUACGAGAAUUUGACGAGAAUCUGUCAAAAUUCAAUCCAGAAAACGAUUGUUGAAUGUACAUACGCAUGCACCGAUUAAUGAAUCCAAAUUUGUAAAUUUCCAAUGGCAAAAAUGUGGACUCUUAAUUUGAGACAAAUUAAUUGAAAUACGAAUUGAAAAAGUGUGGUGACUAGAGGCUA